UGAAGCAAGCACCUCCCUCUCUUGAGUUGCUCCACUGUCAAGUACAUUUCCUCUGCAUCGGAAUGGCAAAGGGACAAUGUGCUCCAAGUAGUGCGACUGUCAGUGUCGAAUAGUUCGUGUUAAUGUCUGCUGUUAUUAUUGCAUAGGAACAAAUGCAGGAGUUGCUUACUUGGGCGUGUAUAUGUGGUUAGAGGGAAAUCAACGCUCCCGCUCAAACCGGUAAUUUGAUACAUUUUUUWAAAAACAUUUGAACUUUGAUGUUGGAGUUUACAUGUUCCAGUGUUUCUCCUCGAAAUAGUCAUUCGUCGCUUGGUGUACAAUGUAGCGUCAUUUGUGUAUUAGCCUACCUGCAUGAAUGUAACAUGAUAUUUAGUUCGAUAUGACUAAUGUGACUGAAAGUAAAAGCGUAGAAUGGCUCCAACUCGAGUUGGAAUCCGGGGAAAGUUCGCUGCUUUUGUUGGACUGCCGAUCGCACGAGCUUUACGAAUCAUCCCACAUAGAAACGGCGAUCAAUCUGGCAAUUCCAGCAUUGAUGCUGCGAAGGUUUAAGAAGGGCAACAUACCCAUCCGAACUAUCAUACCGAAUCACGAAGACAAGGAGAAAUUCGUUAGACGUUGCAAUACAGAUACAGUGAUUCUGUACGAUGAGUGCACUGUGGACUGGCAGGAUGGGGCCACUGGCUCGGUUCUGGGACUACUUCUUCAGAAACUAUGGGACGACGGAUGUAAAGCAUAUUACUUGGAAGGGGGAUUUGGGAAGUUUCAGACCGAGUACCCAGAGCACUGUGAGACCCUCCUGGACAGCUCCUGUCCCAGCUCCUCUCCCCCGCUCUCCGUCCUAGGCUUCAGAAGUCUCCGGAUCACUUCCGACCUCUCAGAUGGUGAAUCGGACCGUGAGCCGAGCAGCGCCACCGAGUCUGAGGAGAGCCCCCUUCCCAACAUCCAACCUGCCUUCCCAGUCCAGAUCCUCCCCUUCCUUUACCUGGGCUGUGCCAAAGACUCCACCAACCUGGACGUGCUGGGCCAGUACAACAUCAAGUACAUCCUGAACGUCACGCCUAAUCUCCCCAACAUGUUUGAACAUGACGGCCUCUUUACGUACAAGCAGAUCCCCAUCUCGGACCACUGGAGUCAGAACUUGUCCCAGUUCUUUCCAGAGGCCAUAUCCUUCAUCGAUGAGGCUCGGUCCAAGCAGUGUGGCGUCCUGGUACACUGUCUGGCUGGUAUCAGCCGCUCUGUGACCGUUACCGUGGCCUACUUGAUGCAGAGGCUCAACCUAUCCCUCAAUGACGCCUAUGACUUUGUCAAGAGGAAGAAGUCCAACAUCUCCCCCAACUUCAACUUCAUGGGCCAGCUGCUGGACUUCGAGAGGACACUGGGGCUGCACAGCCCGUGUGACAACCGCUCCUCAUCCAAUGAGCAGCUCUACUUCACCACGCCGACCAAUCACAACGUGUUCCAGUUGGACACUCUGGAGUCGACGUGAGGAGACGGAGAAGGCAGGGUUUGGCGGCCAUGUUGCUUCAUCAGUGUCUACAUGGUCUUUUGUAGCCUGUCAGGAAAAGGAAAAGAGUCCUGGAAAUGCAGCUGGUAGAGAGAGACUGAGGAGGCUCACCUGUCGUGCAAGUGAUUUAAGUAUGGAUUUUUAUAGCCCACGGUGCUCCCCAGUAUGCUUUUAAAAAGUACAUACUUUGUUUGGUCCACGCUCUGAUGCCUUAUCGUCUAUAAUAGUGAAUGAUGGUAUGGUUAUUGCAGGAAAUGUCAUCAUUAUGAGCUAACUCUAAGAUGGUUUAACUGUUAUUUCAUAUUCUCCAGCUGUCAUGUGGAUGUGUCAGUUGUUUUCCUAACAAAUGUGGCUGAUGCGUUGGUCUGAAGGAAGAUGUUGGCCAUGGAGAAUGGGAAUCAAUGUUUUCUGGGACCAAACAGAGAUUUUUUUUGAAUGGUACUUUUGCUGAGGAAAUGGGGCUACUUUAAGUUGGCCUUGAAGACUAACGUUCCUGUUGAUGAGUGUAACAUUCCUAUUGAUGACUGUAACAUUCCUAUUGAUGACUGUAACGUUCCUGUUGAUGACUAACGUUCCUGUUGAUGACUGUAACGUUCCUGUUGAUGACUAACGUUCCUGUUGAUGACUGUACCGUUCCUGUUGAUGGCUGUAAACGUUCCUGUUGAUGGCUGUAACGUUCCUGUUGAUGACUAAAACGUUCCUGUUGAUGACUGUAACGUUCCUGUUGAUGACUAACGUUUCCUGUUGAUGACUGUAACGUUCCUGUUGAUGACUGUAACGUUCCUGUUGAUUACUAACGUUCCUGUUGAUGGCUGUAACGUUCCUGUUGAGGGCUGUAAACGUUCAUGUUGAUGGCUGUAAACGUUCCUGUUUGAUGGCUGUAACGUUCCUGUUGAUGACUAACGUUCCUGUUGAUGACUGUUAACGUUCUGUUGAUGACUGUAACGUUCCUGUUGAUGGCCUAUACGUUCCUGUUGAUGACUGUAACGUCCUGUUGAUGACAAACGUUCCUGUUAAUGACUGUAACGUUCCUGUUGAUUACUAACGUUCCUGUUGAUGCUGUAACGUUCCUGUUGAUGGUGUAAUGCUCCUGUUGAUGACCGGUAACGCUCCUGUUGAUUACUGUAACCUUUCCUGUUGAUGAUUGUAAUGUUCCUGUGAUGACUGUAACGUUCCUGUUGAUGAACUGUAAGUUCCUGUUGAUGGACUGUAACGUUCUGUUGAUGACUGUGACGUUCCUGUUGAUUACUGUAACCUUCCUGUUGAUGAUUGUAAUGUUCCUGUUGAUGACUGUAACGUUCCUGUUGAUGGCUGUAACGUUCCUGUUGAUUACUGUAACGUUCCUGUUAUUACUGUAACAUUACUGUUGAUUACUGUAACGUUCCUGUUGAUGGCUUAACGUUCUGUUGAUGACUGUAACAUUCCUGUUGAUGACUGUAACGUUCCUGUUAUGACUGUAACAUUCCUAUUGAUGACUGUAACGAUCCUUUGGGUGACUAAUGUUCCUGUCGAUGACUAACGUUCCUGUCGAUACUGUAACGUUCCUGUUGAUGACUGUAACGUUCCUGUUGAUGACUAACAUUCCUAUUUGAUGACUAACGUUCCUAUUGAUGACUGUAACGUUCCUGUUGAUGACUAACGUUCCUAUUGAUGACUGUAACGUUCUGUUGAUGACUAACGUUCCUAAUUGAUGCUGUAACGUUCCUGUUGAUGACUGUAACGUUCCUGUUGAUUACUGUAACGUUCCUGUUGAUGACU